ACGCGAUCUACAGAGGCACCUGGCUCCUCAUUGCGAACCCCGCCAUGGCAGACCAGCAGACAAGGCAUCCAACCGAAAGUACGCUACCAUGUUUCCAUGGCAAAAACAGAGAAGGAUUUCUCCGUCCUCUGAUCUCGCCUGAAGACCGGUUGCGACCAACACCGCUGAACGCCAGACUAAAGAGUCCCAAGCAGGGACCGGUUGUAGGCAGCCAGGGGGACCACGGGAAAAAGGCUGAGACCAGGACCGACAGAGAAAAACCGAAAAGGAUUUCUCCGUCCUCUGAUCUCGCCUGAAGACCGGUUGUGACCAACACCGUUGAACGCCAGACUAGACAGCCCAAGCAGGGACCGGUUGUAGGCAGACCAAGGGAAGAGCCAGAGCGAGGGGAAGACCAG